GCAAAACAAACAACGAUGAGGACUUCAGGAAAAAAGGACACAGUGAGAGGGGGACCACAAAGAAUGGGAAUGCCAAUGCCACAUCCAUACUCUGGUGGAAUGAGGGGUAGCAUGAUGGACCGAAAGAGACAUGCAGAGGCUCAGAAAAGAAGCCAAGGUGGGACAAGCAGGAAGAAAAAGAAGAUGGGAGAUAAGAUCUUGCCCCAACGUGUCCGAGAUCUGGUUCCCGAAUCUCAGGCGUAUAUGGAUUUGCUGGCUUUUGAGCGAAAGCUUGAUACUACAAUCAUGCGCAAACGUUUGGACAUUCAGGAGGCUCUUAAGAGACCAGUUAAGCAAAAAAGGAAACUGCGUGUUUUUAUCUCCAACACAUUCUAUCCUGGAAAACCAGAUGCUGGUGAGGAAGAGGAAGGCAGUGUUGCAUCGUGGGAACUUCGAGUAGAGGGUCGUCUACUUGAUGAUGCUUGCGCUCCGAAGUAUGAUUCAAAGCAAAAGAGAAAGUUUUCAUCAUUCUUCAAGAGCCUAGUGAUUGAGCUCGACAAAGACUUGUAUGGACCUGAUAACCAUCUAGUUGAGUGGCACCGUACUCAGAACACAACUGAAACCGAUGGAUUUCAAGUUAAGAGGCCUGGGGACCAGAAUGUAAAAUGCACUUUGCUUCUCCUUCUUGACCAUCAGCCUCCACAGUAUAAGCUAGAUCCCCGGCUUGCUCGACUCCUGGGCGUUCAUACUCAAACUCGUGCCGUGAUCAUCAGCGCUCUGUGGCAGUACAUAAAAACGCACAAGUUACAGGAUCCGCACGAACGUGUCUUCAUCAACUGCGACAAGUAUUUUCAGCAGGAUGAUACAUUAAAAGAACAGAUGAAGUCAUUUUUACUUUCCACUGCCAGCCAGCAAGACAUUCAGACUCUGGAUAACAAGAUUCAUGAGACAGUAGAGACGAUCAAUCAGCUGAAGAUUCAACGUGAAUUCAUGCUGGGCUUUGCGCGUGAUCCGCAGGUGUUCAUUAACGAAUGGCUUAUCUCACAAACAAGAGAUUUAAAGACAAUGACUGACGUCGUCGGAAACCCAGAGGAGGAAAGAAGAUCUGAAUCAUACAACACGCCAUGGACUCAGGAAGGGGUGUACCGCUACUUCUACAGUAAGGUACAGCAACGUCGAGCAGUGCUGGAGCAAACCAUUCAGAUAAAUACUACUUAAACAAAUCCUUGAGUCUUGCAUUUAAUACACACAUGGUGCUUCACACUGGCUUUGAUCAGCUGGCAAAAAGUAAUUUGAUUGUUUUGUUUUCUUAAUCCAUUAAAAGACAAUCUGUGUAUAUUUUAUCAUCAAUAAAAUUACAAUUACAAUUUAAAUUGUAAUUUUAUUGAUGAUAAAUCUCUAUGUUUAUCAUCAAUAAAAUUACAAUUUAAAUUAGUCUUUUUCCAAAACUUCAUUGAUCAAUAUUUUGUGAAUAAAUGUAAGAAGCAUCAGCUGUAUCGAUUCAUGGAAGGUUAGAAGUACACUAGUUUAUUAAUAGCGUAUUCUAUAAUGGGUUGACACCCUUACCCAAGUACUGUAAUUAGUUUGAGAAACUGCUUAGAUAUUUUGUUAGUCUCCCAAAAAUGCGUAAAAUAAAAUGUGAAAUGAAAUGUGUUGAUGAGCUUGAAUUAAACUGUUAACUUAAAGCAGCUCAUUAACAACCUUUAAAGCAAAUUUGAAUUUGAACGCCUUAGCACUAAUUUAAAUUUGCAUGCCUGCAUUGAAUAUUAUACACGCAAACUGGGGUAAAGUGUUGUAAAAAUACUGCUUGACUUUCUAUUUUGAAGUACAGCAUUGCCAUACUUCCGCCACCCAUCAGACACAAUAUUUGAUCAGGUGUGCCUGAAGGUAGCAUACACUUGCAGACCUGGGAGUGGCACGUGGAAUCGCGUCAGCUGACAACCAUCUGGAACAGUGUGUGCUCAGCUUUAAGCCCAGCCCAGACUAUCAAAUAGUAUUUGACAAAAACGUGACAUGCAUAAAUAUGGUCAUUGAUGACAUCACAUCAUGACCUUAUAUGAGGCUCGCCAUCCCCAAACCAGCAUACUCAGAGAAGCCGUAACUUUUACUGAUAACUUUGGCAAUAGUAAGUCGAUUCCAGUAAAUGAAAAUGAAUAUACAGUAUAUUAAAAAGUCAAUUUUCUUGUUUUAGUUACUGAUGUUGGUUUUGGCAUGGCAUGCCCCAUAUAGGCACAUCAUGACUAUAUAUGGACAUACAGUGGUUUUUGUCAAAGAUAAUGCGAUAGUUUGGAAGAGAGUUUUAGACCAGAAGCCGAUAGCCUUUUUUUUUUCUAAAUGUCAAACUCAAGCUCAAUCACCAAGCGCAUAGACUUUUUCGCAUGAUGCGAUAUACAAGUUCAGCUAUUAUUAUGAUAGCAUAUUUUGUGUACUGUACAGUAUUUACCCUUUUUUUUUUUUUAAAUUUUACCAGGCAGGGAUAUUUUUGUUAUGUUAUUAAAAGUAUUGUUUAUUUUUUUGUAUUGUACAGUAUUGGAGUGGUCUUUGUCUUUAAGUAUUGUAUUUAAUCUUUAGGUAGACACAGUAGUGUAGUGUACAGUAGUACAGUAUGUCUUUAGCUGUUCAAUCAUCAGUGUUUCUUAAGAACAUUUGUAGCUUUGAUUAGCAUCCAAUUGAUGUCUAAUUUUUCUGUAGUAUUAACAAUGUUAACAUGCUUGCCAUUUGAAUUUUGUUUGGUUCCAUUAAUGUACUUGUACAGUACGUUCAAAAUAUGAGCCGGCUAAAAUACAAAUGGGUUCCGAGAAAUGUUAAGCAAACUCAUAGUCACAAGAUGGCGAUAUUUAGAUGAGUUAUGUUCGCAUUUUUAGUGAAACAUAAUUUUUAUCAUUUGUGUCUGUGUUUGCAGUUAUUAGAUAAUGUCUGUCUCUCUGUUUAGUCUCAUUUUUGUUGAAUAAAUGUUCAGAAGCCUUA